GAAGCAGCCGCGGAAGGUUUCGGGCUGUCACACGCAGUCAUAGUUCCAGCAAACGCGCGAAGAAUUAUUGUUGGCGGCCAGCUUGGUAUUCGAGAUGACGGGUCGGUGCCGGAAAAUAUCGAAGAAGAAGUCAAGCUGGCGUUCGACCAUGUCUUAGCAGCUCUCAAGUCGGCCGGUCUCGGAGAUGAUGCGUUUGAAUAUGUCUAUUCGGUCAAAACUUUUGAGCUCAAUUACAACGGGAAAUCUAUCGUUGAACCGGUUGUUUCAAUCGCGAGAUCGUUUCUGAAGAAUACUAAGCCUGCUUGGACUGGUGUUGAGGUUGCCGCCCUGGUUCAUCCUGAUGUACAUUUAGAGAUCACCGUGGAAGCAUAUCUUCUAAAU